AUGGAUCACUGGACACAAUCUGAACCCCUCAAGCAGCCGCUCGAGGGCAUUGAGACUAUCCACAACUGCGUCCUCUAUGCCGCGCGGACGCACGGGACGAAGAAGGCGCUUGGCUGGCACGACGUCGUCGACAUCAUCAAGGAGGAGAAGGAGGUGACGAAGAACGUCGGCGGGAAGGAGGUCAAGGAGACGAAGAAGUGGAAGUACUUCCAGCUGAGCAACUACAAGUACUUGAACUACCUCGAGGUCCAGGAGGCCGUGUCUGAGGUCGCAAGGGGACUCGUCGACCUCGGCGUCACCGCAGACGACACCUUCAACGUCUAUGCGUCUACCAGCCUAAACUGGCAACUCGUCGCGCACACCUGCGCGUCCAUCUCCACAGCCAUCGCAACUGCCUAUGAUUUGCUAGGCGAAGCCGGCCAGACGCACUCGCUCAACGAACUGAACUGCGGCGGUGUCUACACCGACGCCGAACUCCUCCCCGUUCUCGCCAAGGUCAUCGGCAACACGCCCUCGCUCCGGAUCGUGAUCUACUCCGGCGAGGCCAAGCCCUCCGUGCUUGACUCCAUCCAGCAGAUGAGGGAGAACAUCCAGCCGCUCUCCCCCGACACGACCAAAGAUCGGUUCCCAACGCCGUCCUCGGUCGCGUGCAUCAUGUACACCUCGGGCACGACCAGCGCGCCGAAGGGCAUCGUCAUCACGCACUCGGACGCGAUCGCCGUCAUCGGCACCUUGUACAAGCUGCUCGGGCACCACUUCAACACGGACGACGCCUUCCUCGCCUACCUCCCGCUCACGCACAUCCUCAAAUACAUCGUCGAGCUCUGCCUCUUCUUCGUCGGCAUGACCAUCGGCUACGGCCGCAUCAAGACGCUGACGGACCAGUCCAUCCGCGGCUGCUCCGGCGACAUGGUCGCGUUCAAGCCGACGAUCAUGGUCGGCGUUCCCGCCGUGUGGGAGCUGAUCUGGAAGGGCAUCGUCAGCCAGGUCCAGAGCGGGGGCGCGGUGACCAAGAGCGUGUUCUCCGGCGCGUUGACCCCUGCCCCCUCCCAGGUGCAGUAA